AUGCCCGGCGGCAGCGCGGCGGCCCCGCCCGGCCAAGACCCGGAGCCGCUGGCCGGCAGCGCCGGAGCGGGCAAGCCCCGGCCGCGGGCGGAGGAGGCGGCGGGCGGCUCGGCGCUGGAGCUGGCCGAGGCCCGGCGGCGGCUGCUGGAGGUGGAGGCGCGGCGGCGGCUGGUGCUGGAGCUGGAGAGCCGCGUGCAGCAGCUGCACCGCGUCCUGGUGCAGGCCGAGCUGCGCAUGGCCGGGCGCGCCGAGAGCCUGGCCCGCCUGGGCAGCGGCGCCGGCCAAGCCCAGAUCCACCUGGCGGCCCACGGGCAGCGCCUCAAGAAGAGCCUGCGGCGGUCCCGGAAGGCGCGGCCGCCCGCCCUGCUGGCCUCGGCGCUGGGCGGCUGCGUGCCCUGGGCGGCGGGCAAGCUGCGCCGCGGCCGGGCGGGCGCCCCGGAGCCGCCCGAGUCCCCCUUCAAGAGGAGCCUGCCGGGGCCGGCCCCGGCCUGA